CAGGUAUGCAAAUCCUGUAAUGCAGCUGACGGGUUCCACUUGGAUGCCAGCGUCCAGCUGUGCAAGCAGAAUGUUUGCUACUGCGACGGUGGGGUUGCUGCUACCGGUGCCGCUUGCACCACUCACAACACACAAAUUUGCACACGUUGCAUCGACGAUGGUUACCGACUUGAAGACAAGAAGUGCAUGAAGAAUGUCUGCAACUGCGAAAACGGAGAGGCUGAAACCGGCGCACUUUGUAUCAUCGACGGGGGCAAUAUUUGCAGCAAGUGCGACUACGAUGGAUAUCGUAUCGUGCCCCAUCCGCUGAGUGGCGCAAACAGCUGCGCGCAGAAUAUUUGCAAGUGCGACGACGGAGAUCCAGCAACUGGUCCGGAGUUAUCAAAAUGAAAAAUGAUGUUGCCCCCUCCCCAUAACCAAAGUCAGAGUUAUGACAUGUAGCAUGAUUUGCUUACAAAGCAAAAGCCUACAACCAAGGCCAGUUGCUUCUGUAGCUCAAACAGUAACAGAGAGCGCCUGGUGCCGAAUGCGAUGAGGAGCGACGGCUUUCUGCAUAGGCAUUUCUUUACGUGCGAAGCGAUAUUUUCACAAAUCAGGAACAGAAGCCUGCCUUUUCAAUAUGGGGAGGGGGAAUAAUUGCUCACAAUAGGAGUGCACGACACACGAUGCCAACAUUUGCACCAGGUGCGACGACCCCGCAAAUUUUCGUCUGGAGGGCGGGCAUUGCAAGCAGAACAAUUGCACAUGCACCAGUGGAACUCCAGCGGGGCCGACCCAACUCAUCCCUUGCAGCAGGCACAAUGGCCACAUUUGCGCGAGUUGCGACCACGACGGGUUGACCCUCGAUUUCCGCACGGGUCACUGCAUACAAAAUGUUUGUCGCUGCGAUAUACGUAUUUCAAAUAUCUUCAUGUGUGGGUCAGGGAUGGUAAGAAGCUGUUACGCUCGAAUUUACGUAAGAAGUAUGCAGCAAGUGGCUCUUAAAGGAAGCGAAAAAAAUACGGCAUUUGCAUGAGCAGCAAGCGCGACUUGCUAGGUUGUUUGUUUCCGAGGGGUAUUGACAUAAGCGAGUCUAGUGAGGCUGUGAUGCUACGGCUUAUAUGCCAAGCCGCUUUGUUCUGGCCACGCGAUCGCAAAAGCUGCCGAGCGACCAUCUGGUGCACUCUUCCAGACCUGAAAUAUUCCCACUGCAUACGAAAAUGGUUUUGCCGCCACGGGACCAGAUUGCAGGGUGAACGGCUCCAACACAUGCGACAGUUGCGAACAUGUGGGGUAUCGUCUGGAGCACGGCAACUGCCUGGAAAAUGUCUGCUCCUGCCUCAACGGAAAGUCCGCCACAGGCUCGUACUGUACUUCAAACGGCGGCGACAUCUGUCAGACCUGCGAGAAUUCCGGCUACACGAUGGACGCAGAUAAGAAGUGUGUGCAAAAUAUCUGUUUUUGCGACAACGGCGACGCCAGGUGGGGCGAACAUUGCACGGCCAACAACGCGAAUCUGUGCGACACCUGUGACAAUGGGUACCACCUCGAGGUCGACAGCUGCGCACUAAACCAGUGCACCUGCGCCUCUGGCGACGCCGCGAACGGAACCGAUUGCGAGAUCCACGGCGAUCCGUUCUGCACCUCAUGCGAGACGGCAGGAACCGUUUUGAAAGACGGCGCUUGUGUGGAAAAGCAGUGCGCCUGCAACUUUGGGGAUGGUACGACGGGCACGGCGUGCGACGUGGAUGGGGAGCCGGACUGUGAUCAGUGUGACGCGGGGUACCACCGCGAAGUCGAUUCGAAUGAUGCGGCAAAGCACGUCUGCGUGGUUAACCUGUGCCGGUGCAGCACGGGGACGCCCGCUUCGGGGCCGGAAUGCCCGCAGCACAAUACGGAAAAAUGUACCGACUGCAGCCACGAAGACUACUACACGGGUACAGCUGCCGAUGGUAGCGACGAGUGCAAGUUGCGCACGUGCAAAUGCGACCAUGGGGUNCUGUGAUGCUACGGCUUAUAUGCCAAGCCGCUUUGUUCUGGCCACGCGAUCGCAAAAGCUGCCGAGCGACCAUCUGGUGCACUCUUCCAGACCUGAAAUAUUCCCACUGCAUACGAAAAUGGUUUUGCCGCCACGGGACCAGAUUGCAGGGUGAACGGCUCCAACACAUGCGACAGUUGCGAACACGAGGGGUAUCGCCUGGAGCACGGCAACUGCCUGGAAAAUGUCUGCGCCUGCCUCAACGGAAAGUCCGCCACAGGCGCGAACUGUACUGCAAACGGCGGCGACAUCUGUCAGACCUGCGAGAAUGCCGGCUACACGAUGGACGCAGAUAAGAAGUGUGUGCAAAAUAUCUGUAUUUGCGACAACGGCGACGCCAGGUGGGGCG